AGUUUUUUCACCGCGGCGAACGGAAUAAAAUCGGAAAAUGCGGGAGCGGCGGCUCGGCGGCUGAGGGACCCGCCGUCGGGUGUCGCACCGGGCGGUCGGCGGCUGAGGGACCCGCCGUCGGGUGUCGCACCGGGCGGUCGGCGGCUGAGGGACCCGCCGUCGGGUGUCGCACCGGGCGGUCGUGGGCGCCGCCGCUGCGGGGAUCCUGUCAGAGAAAUCCCGGUCCUGAACCUAUUGGUGGUUUUAAGUCUGGAAAGUUUAAAUGAAAAUUCAAAUGAAGGAACUGGUAAACUGAUUUGGAAGAAAAUUGUAAUGUCUGUAUCGUGAUGCUACUUUACCUUCAGUCUGUAUUGCCUUGAUAUUGUAUUUAUGAAGAUGUAUGACAACAUUUGUUCAGUAUGAGAAGUGACUCUCUUUAUGAGCAGUGUAGUGCAGGUCAAUAUUGUGGGGCUCUUUGAGGUAUGGCCUCUUUGGAUCUGCCCUACCGCUGUCCAAGAUGUGGGGAACACAAACGUUUUAGGAGUCUGUCUUCAUUGCGAGCUCAUCUGGAAUACAAUCACACAUAUGAGACACUUUACGUCCUUUCUAAGUCUAAUAGCAUCUGUGAUGCUAGUAUUCUAUCUUCAGGAGUUGACAAAUCGAUUCUGAUACCAGCUUCCUGUAAAGAAAUCUUUGAAAGCACCUCAUUCAGGAGCAAAGAACAGAGAUAUUUAUAUGAUUUAGAGUGCGGGGAGGAAUUAUCACUUGGUUCCGCCUGUUACUUGCCUGAAGUCGAAGGCCCAGUAAACGAAAUACUCAUGAGAAAGGCAAUGACUCCUUCAACUCCCCCUGCUGCUUUAGCUGCAGCUGCAGUAGACGCUGUUUAUGAAGAAGGGCUGGCUCGAUUGAAAAUCCAAGCUUUCGAGAAACUAGACUUGAAUGAACGUUUAGAAAAGCUAUCAGAGGAGGUGGAGCAGAAGAUCACAGCCCGAGUGGACAAGCUUCAGAUAGAACUUGAAAAAAAAAGCUCAGAACUGGAGAAAGCCAAGCAGGAAAGCAUGAGAUUGAGCCAAGAAAAGCAUGAUCUCGAAGAGAAGGCUUCUGAACUAUCACGGCAAGUUGAUGUGAGUGUAGAAAUGCUUGCUACAUUGAAGCAAGACUUGGUGCAGAAGGACCAGGAGCUAGCCAGGAAACAGCAGGAGGUGUUACAGAUUGAUCAGUUCUUACAAGAGACAGCAGCACGAGAAGCAAACGCAAAAGUCCGUCUGCAGCAGUUUAUUGAGGAGCUUUUGGACAGAGCAGACAGGGCCGAAAAGCAGCUGAUGGUCAUUAGUAGUUGUGGAACGACACCAAAUGGUAGCCUGGGAAGAUGCAGCAACCCAGGUGCAAAGGGAAUGAGCAGACAACAGGGUGAAAGAUAUGCAACGCCAACUGGAAUUUCCCGUGGAACUGUGCUUGUAUCUGAGCAACAGUCAUUACCAAAUGUCAGACCAAAGCCACUAGCCCAUGUGUCACGAUGCUAUGACAGUGACAGUUUUAUGCAAUCUGUAGACAUGCAGCACAUUGAACAGGGUCCGGAGCGGAACUAUCAUCACAAACAAAUCCGUAAUUCAGACAGUAAGUACAUGAGAGAUCCCAUGUCACGAAAUUCAGCACUGCGGAGACAAGCUGUUGAAAAUUGGCACAGGAGGCCAUAUCGUAACAGCACGGAGGGAGAAGAAGGUGAUGUGUCUGAUGCAGGAUCUAGGACAACGGAAUCAGAGGUGGAAGUUUGGGAGCAAGAAAGUAAAGGUUCAACUGAGCCACAAAAAUUUGGAUCCAAUCGUGCCAGGGCUUAUCGACUCAGUACCAGUAAUGCCAAAUCAGUUAGUUACAAAACAGCCAAACAUCAGAAGGGCAGCCCCUCACGAUCAAAUGAAGUCAUCAGUCCUGAGGUGUUGAAGAUGCGAGCAGCACUAUUUUGUAUUUUCACAUACCUGGACACCAAGACAUUAUUGCAAACAGCUGAAGUCUGUCGGGACUGGAAAUAUGUGGCUAGGCAUCCUGCAGUUUGGACCAGGGUUCUGUUGGAGAAUGCCAGAGUGUCCUCCAAGUUCAUGGUGACCCUUUCCCAGUGGUGUACACAGACACACUCUCUUACGCUGCAAAGCAUCAAACCCCGGCCAAAAGGGAAGAAGGAAACCAAGGAGGAAUAUCUUAAAAGCACACAUGGCUGUCUGGAGACUGGGCUGGAAUCCCUACUGAAGGCUGCUGGCAGCAACCUCCUAAUUCUGAAGGUUUCCCACUGUCCAAACAUACUGACUGACCGUUCACUUUGGUUGGCAAGUUGUUACUGCCGUGCACUUCAAGCAGUAACUUAUCGGAGUUCAACAGAUCCAGUUGGCCAUGAAGUGAUUUGGGCUUUGGGAGCUGGCUGUCGGGACAUCAUUUCUCUGCAAGUUGCACCAUUACAUCCAUGCCACCAGCCAACACGAUUCAACAACCGUAGUCUUCAGAUGAUCGGUCGCUGCUGGCCACACUUACGAGCGCUGGGAGUUGGGGGUGCAGGAUGUGGACUGCAGGGUCUAGCCUCCUUGGCUCGGAACUGUAUCCGUUUGCAAGUACUGGAACUUGAUCAUGUGACUGAAAUAAACCAGGAAGUAGCAGCAGAAGUUUGUCGGGAGGGUCUAAAGGGAUUAGAAAUGUUGGUAUUAACAUCAACUCCAGUCACACCAAAAGCUCUGCUACAUUUUAACAGUGUCUGUCGCAGUUUAAAAUCUAUUGUGGUGCAUAUUGGGAUAACUGAUUACUUUGAGGAGCCAGGCAGCCCAGAAGCUCGGAAGUUGUUUGAAGAAAUGGUCAGCAAACUUCAGGCUCUGAAGAAAAGGCCUGGAUUUUCAAAAAUCCUUCACAUCAAAGCAGAAAGUGUUUGUUGAAGUUUACAACUGAAACUAUCAUUCUGGCAGCAAAAUUUGAUGAAAAGACAUUUUUACAAAAAAGGGGCUUUUCUAUAAUGAUUUAAAACAAAUGCUUGAUCAGAAAGCAAAACUAACUGAUUUGUAAUCAAGGACCAGUCCUACUUGUAUACACCCAUAUUUCAACCAUCACGAGAUGUCAACCUGUCAUGCAAUCAACCAUUCAUAAUCACAAAAAGUGAAACCAGCUGCCUGCAAUAAGAUCUAAUGGAAACAUCACUUCAACGCCAAUUAUUCAAGCAAUCCUGCAACAUUAAAUUAAGUCACCCCUCAGUGCUGGAACCAGGAUCGUACCCAAGUGAUCUCUCAGCAAGACAACUUUAAAUAGAAUAACUCAACACCAAGCUGCUGAUGUUCCUGUAUGUCACUCUGUAAUGGAGCCAGCAUCAAGCCACAUGAUUUGAAAUUGAGAAAAGGAAAGACUAGGAAGACUCAGGGUACCGUGUAUGAGUGUACAACAUAUUAAAUGAAAUGAAGCAAUGGCUGCAGGGCAAGAGAGAGCAGAAGGAAACGUCUGGUAAAAACCAAAGUCAAGAGUGAGAUCGGAUAGCAACUCUUCCCAUUGUGGUUAAUGCCAGGUGAACUUCUGGGUAGGGGAGAGGAAGCCAGUUGUGUGGUCUUGAUGGGACAAUAGGUUUCUGUAGAAGAUUGAACUAGAUAUCACUUUCAUAAUUAUUAGAUUUAUAUCUAUCCCUAAAAAUCAUCUAUAAAUUAGAAUCUUCAGUAUUUCAUAAGGAAAAAUCAACUCUGUGAUCCCUCUGAAUAAGGCCAUUAAUUAUGAAAACAUUUACACUGAGCUGGUUUCACUGUCACUCUAAACCUCAGUUUCAGUUUGUCUGGGUACGAUUUCUUACUGGCUAUGAAACGGCAAAAAAAUGAUAAGCUGCCUUGCUUUCUUUUCCAGCAGAUUUUUAUAGAGAUCUAUAACACGGAAGCAGGCCGUGUGCCCACUGGUUCAUGCUAACCAUCGAGCACCCAUUUACAGUAAUUCCACUUAUGCCUCCCAUUCCCCCCACCCCCAGAUUCUACCACACGCCUACACACUAGGUGCAAUUUACAGCAGCCAAUUAACGUAUAAACCUGCACAUCUGUGGGUGAUGGGAGAAAACCAGAACACCUGGAAGAAACAAACCCAUGUGCAAACUCCACACAGCAUCAGAGGCCAGGAUUGAACCUGGGUCGCUGGAACUGAGGCUGCAGCUUUACUAACUGUGCCACUGUGCUAGUUUUGUUAUUGAUCUGGAUCAUGGGUUCCUCUCUUCUCAUGCAAACCUAAAACAAAAUCGUAUUUCAUUCAUAGACAUACUAAUAUACUCUGUAUGUUUUGAGUAUUUUGCACAAGCAUUUUUUUUUGUGAGAGCUAAAUUGCAUCAAGCAGGAGAAUCAGUAGCCUGGUCACCUGAAGUGCUGUCUGUGAGAGAGAGAAACCAGUGACAAGAGGAGUAGAAGUGUUCUGGCACAUACAGUGGCAUGCGAAAGUUUGGGCACCCCUGGUCAAAAUUUCUGUUACUGUGAAUA